AUGGCUGAGCAUCUAGCAAGAAUAAUAGGAACAGAAGAGGACAGAGUUAAUUGUCCCUUUUUUUGGAAAAUAGGAGCUUGUCGACAUGGUGACCAAUGUAGUCGAAGUCAUUACAAGCCAAACAGUGCUCAAACUUUAGUCAUACGUCAUAUGUAUGAUAACCCACCAAUGGCUGUUGCAAUUGCAGAGGGGCAGAUGGUGGAAGAUGAAGUUCUUGACAAAGCAGCAGAUCAUUUUGAAGAAUUUUAUGAAGAAGUUUUUGAAGAAUUAAUGAAAUAUGGGGAAAUUGAAGAUAUGGUUGUAUGUGAUAAUAUAGGGGAUCAUAUUAUAGGAAAUGUGUAUAUAAAAUACACACAUGAAGAUUAUGCUGAGAAAGCUGUUAAAGAAUUAAAUGGAAGAUUUUAUGCAGGUAGACCCUUACAAAUUGAAUAUACACCUGUAACAGAUUUUAGAGAAGCUAGGUGUAGACAAUUUGUUGAUGGACAAUGUCGACGUGGUGGUUAUUGCAAUUUUAUGCAUAUCAAGCAUGUUCCAAGAGCUGUUAAAAGGAAGUUAUACAAACGAAUGUAUAAAAAAUUCCCAGAGUAUAAGAAAAGGAAAAAAACGAAAGACGGUUCAGAAGACAGAAACCAUGAUAGUCACAGAGAUAAAAGUAGUAAAGAUAAACACAGAAGAGAUAAAUAUUCGGAUAGUCAUCACUCCUCUAGACGCAGGAACAGAACCAGAAGUCAUAGUAGAAAUUAUGAUGAUGCUGAUGGGGAUAGUGGUGACGGUGAUGGUUCGAAUAGACGACAUAAACAUCCAAGACGAGAAAAUAGUGCUGAACGAAGGGAAAAAAUUGAGAGAUGGAAUAAAGAAAGAGAGAUGAAGAAUAUGCAAAAAGGGAAUGAACAAGGUACUAAAGACCAAAAACAGGCACAAGAAGAGAUAGAUGAAAAUGCACAGGAGGGGGGUGGUGGGGGGGGGAGAGAUCGGAACAUAAUCAGCAGGGGAUGA